AGAAGUUAUAAAAAAGAAACAAUAUAUUACAAACAAACAAGGCAAUGUUCAAGUAAUAAAAUAAGGGAAAUGAGUAUAAAUAUAUAUAUGUAGCCUAUAUAUUCACACGUCUCCAUUGGUGCAGAACAGCCGGUAGAAAAAAUCUAUGUGUAUGUAGAUGCAUCUAGAAAGGAUAUUGCUCAUUACACAGGUCUUAUCUGUCUUAGAUCACAUCCUGUGUGUACACAGUGGACUAAAAUAAAACAUAGCGCAUGACAAUAUACAACAUAUAUAUAUAGUGGCUGAUGCAACCCGGAGAUGAACAGUGCAAACAAAAUGGUGCAGUGAUACAUACAGUGUAAUAUAAUAUACAUGUCAAUGAUGAAAUGCAGUGAGGCAUAAAUAUCCAGAGUGUAGCAGUGACCAGUUGCAUCACAUUAGCUAAACUCAAACAGGUCCAUAAAAAGGUAAAUAUUAAGGGAUGCACACACAGGAAGAGAUUAGCAGCCAUGUGGCGACAAGAGAUCAAUGAAUGUUAGUAAAAUGCAGUGAAUUGAAUUGUUCCAUUGUUGGAUUUGGUGGCCAACUAUAAAGAACUUUCUUAGUUUUUAAGUGUGUAACUCUGACCCUUGAGCCAGGAAACCACAGCCACAGAAAACACAGAGUUCAUCUAAACUCCAGCUUCACAUUUGAGUGAUUAGAGGCGUCUCUGAAACAGACAAACCACAAACCAGCCAACAAGCCUCCAAAAACCCCUUUAUCCAUUCAUCUGGUUUAACUGUGUGAAUCAGAAGCCGAUCUCUUCAUCCUCUGCUGUAUUUAUCAGUUGUCAUCUUUACCUUAAAUUUCCCGUUUAAAACUGCUCAGUUUAUUUUCUACUGAGUAAAAAAGCAUCCACCUGCUCUUCCCAAACACCCACCACUACCACCCGUCCUUCUGCUCUUCAUAAAUAAACUGUUGGAGUGGUUUAUUUUGUCAGCCCUCGUGUUUAUAUGUGCACCUAAAUGCUUAUUAUUUGCAGUAUUAAUAAAACAAGGCAAUAUAAAAAAAAAAAAGAUAUCUUGGGUGUAAUAUUUGCUAUUUAAAUAAAUGUUGGCUGCACGUAAGGGACAAUUAAUGUGUCAUUAAAUCCACCUGAAGUCAAAGUGGCUGCUGUGUAAUGGUUAGGACUCACAGAGCAGAUGUGCACUGAUAAAGGUCUAAACACUGUUAAGUCAGUGACCACGUGGCCUCAAAGUUAAUGGGGCGAAUUAAUGAGGGGGAUUUUUUUUACCCAAUGAUGGAUCUUCUGUCCAUCGGAAGGAGCUAAGUUUGCACUUAACCCGAAGAAUCCCGCAGCCCUGCAGCCCUGCCUGAAAAGGAUGUGCCUCCUUUAAAUAUUUACUCACGCAAGGGGCUGGUUAUCAUUGGGUUGCUAGACAACUUGCGAAGCCAGUUCAGCUCGACUGUUUAAAUAGUCACAAGGUAAAUAUUUUAGUUGAAUGAGCACAGGAAUCAUACGGCAGGUCAUAUCUGAAUUUGAAACAACCACCUCUGCGCCUUUCUUUCCCUCUAAAAAAAAAAGAAAAAAGAAAAGAAAACCAAGAAAGAAUUGGACGCGUGCGUUUGUGCGUACUUGCGCAAAGGUGAGCGCUUGAUUCGAGCUCCUCUGACAUGUCAGUGGGAUUGCCCCGGCGCUUCUUCUUCUCUGCGCAAUCUAAAUAUAAAUCGAUGACAAAGAGUCCAAAUAAAGUAGCAACCCAACUGUGAUGUGGGGGUGGUGCUGAGAGAACAGCUCCGUCUCCAAAGUCUCCCCCCUCUGUCGGAUCCGGAGUCCGUCAGGAGAAGGUCGCAAAGCGAGCGGAGGAGGAGAGGAGGAGAACGAUCCCUUUUCCUUUUCCUCCUUUUUUUUUUUAUCAUGAAGAGACAAAACGCCCGGACUCUCGCGCUCAUCAUCAGCAUCCUCACCUACCUGGUGGUGGGAGCCGCCGUCUUCGAGACGCUCGAGUCGAAGCAGGAGAAGAGUCACAAGAGGAAGCUCGACGCCAGAAAGUACGAACUCAUGCGCAAAUACAACUUGACCAAAGAGAACUUCGAGGAGCUGGAGCACGUCGUCCUGCAGCUCAAGCCGCACAAAGCGGGGGUCCAGUGGAAGUUCGCCGGGUCCUUUUACUUCGCCAUCACUGUGAUCACCACCAUAGGUUACGGCCAUGCAGCGCCCAGCAGCGACUCAGGGAAGGUGUUCUGCAUGUUCUACGCCCUCCUGGGGAUCCCUCUCACCCUCGUGAUGUUCCAGAGUCUGGGCGAGCGCAUCAACACGUUCGUCAGGUACCUGCUGCACCAAGCCAAGAAGUGCCUGGGCAUGCGUCAGACGGAGGUGUCCAUGGCGAACAUGGUGACGGUGGGCUUCUUCUCCUGCAUGAGCACCCUGUGCGUGGGGGCCGUGGCGUUCUCCCACUGCGAGGGCUGGAGCUUCCUCCACGCCUUCUACUACUGCUUCAUCACGCUCACCACCAUCGGCUUCGGGGACUACGUGGCCCUGCAGAAGGACGACGCCCUGCAGAACGACCCCCGGUACGUGGCUUUCUGUUUCGUUUACAUCCUCACGGGUCUGACGGUGAUCGGGGCGUUCCUGAACCUGGUGGUGCUUCGCUUCCUGACCAUGAACAUGGAGGACGAGCGCAGGGACGCCAGGCAGAAGGCCCUGCUGACCGUCAGCAAGCCCAGGGGAGAGGUGGCUCACCUCUUGCCUAUCUCAACCUCGACGGCCUCCACGCCCGUAGCAGAGGACUCGGCGAAGGCCAAAGAUUUGAAAGGCGUCUACACCGAGGUGUUGCACUUCCAGACUAUAUGCUCCUGCUUGUGGUACAGGAGCAAGGAGAAGCUGCAGGGCUCCUUGGCCAGCAUGAACCCCCACGAGCUGACGUUCUCGGAUGCCUACAUUCAGCAGAACAGUAACUGUCCUCACUACAUGGAGCCCGGAUCAACAGGCUGCGUUUGCAGUCCACGUCAGUGCACGAGCAUAAGCUCCAUAACAACAGGCCUACACAUUCUCUCCCCGUUCAGGGUGUUUAAGAGGCGCAGCUCCGUGUAGCCUUUCAGCGCAACAGCUUUCAGUGCAGCGCAAUACGUCCACGCUGCCAGGCGGACCACAGAUACUUGGCAGUCCUCGCGGUGAAGACGUGACUACAAGUAAAUGUUUGUGGUGCUAAAAUCCCGGAAAUCCAACACCAAGACUCGCAAAAAGGGAAAAGCACAUCGAGUACUGUAAACAGCAAUGUCUUACUCAAAUAGUUAUAUGAGAAAGAGCAGCACGGGAUGCUUUUCUUUUUUUUUUUGUUUGUUUGAGGUCUACCUGAAAGGCGCCCUGUAUGCUUUUGAGGAGUCGUGUAGAGUAGAUGAAUCAAUACACUGGAUCAAUACACACCUAAACCCGAUGCAGUGUUCACGGUAUGUAAACAGUUUGUAGGUGAGAAGCAGAACAGGUGCUGCGGGAGGAGUUUCAGGUUGAGUCUAUUGAGCAAAUAAAAGGAUGGAGAUAAAAAGAUUAAAAAAAAGAAAAGAAAAAUCGUCUGAAACCUCUCAGCUCGGCAGUAAACUGGGACAUAAAAAGUUUUAUGUCCUUGUUUAUAAUCUCAGAGGUGCUCAUUCCACUCAGGGGUUAUUUCUUGCUGUGGUUUGUUGGGUGUUCACUUGUGUUAGGCACAUUUCACGUCAUCAAUGAGAUUAAAUCUAUUAGCAAAUCUUUAGCAACUAGACAGCUAAACGGGAAGAAGACCAUCGUGGGAAGAAAGUGAGGUUAGAGGCGUUGUGUCUGGCCUCAUAUUAAUUGCCUUACACUAAAGUCGCUUUCACACCAGAGCUGUUUGAUCGGCUUUAGUCUGCUUGAUUUGAGCAGGUGUAAAAAGUCAACCAAACUCUGGUGCGGAACAAACCUGAGUUCACUUGGAAACGUGGGGUAGUGAGGAUUCUACGACUUUCCGAGUAGAAAAUCCGACUUCGGAGGGUGUUCCAGACGAAAAUUCCAACUUGGAACUUGGAAAUUUCGACUUCUGAGUACAAAUGGACCAUAAACACAGGACCGAAUGCAGGAAGUGACACAAUACGCAGUGCCAACACCUCGCGGUCUCACUCUUUUUCCUCCGGUGCUGUUUCUCUUUCAUUCGUGUAACAUUAAUUGCAAGAGGAAACACAAUCUCCAAAACAUCUUCAUAUGCUGCGUUCUUUCCACCAGUCGUUUGUUUUGGGGUUUUUUCCAGGUUGCGAGGGAGGAAGGGAGGGAGUGGACCCCUUUCAACUCAUAAGGUUUGGUGCUCUUCAUAAAUUGAAAAGCCCCCUAAUCGAACCGAGUCCUCUUGGUCAUUUGUGAAAACGAGCUAGAAAACUAAUCAGCUUCUGUAAAGCCGGUGAUAACUUCAUGUGACUCAUGUGCUGCCUGUUAUUGUGACUUCUGGCGUCCUCGGCCCAAAUUGCAGAUGCAUCCGUCACAAACACCAAAAGCACGAUGAGCCGCAGCACUGGCUUCAUUACAUUCACUGUCUUGAUAGCUGGAUCUAGAAGUUAGUCUAAUUUGACAAAGUUCUCCAGGAACAUGACGAGAUGUACACACCAACCUUUCAGUGACUUAAGUUACAUCUGGGAACAUAGUGGUCGUGACUUCUCAUGUCGUAAACACAAGCGGAAACCUGUAGAAACAUCUAGUCUGACUUUGUCAAGAGAACCAAAAAAAUAACAUGUAAGUUUAACAUUUUUAGGUCCCACUUAUAUUUGUUUUUCACUUGUGAAACUAUAGAUAAAAACCUUGGAAGUUAAAACAUAAUCUCCCUUCAGGCACCUCCAAAUCUCACUAAUUAAUAUUUUAUGCCCCACUGGAUUUUUGCACAAAUUAAACAGUAUUAAUGAGUUUAUUAGUGAGCUUUCGGGCUAAGAUGCUAAGCUAGUCAACUGCUAUCUGUUGCUUUGUAACUUGAGUUCACUCCUGACAGUGUGUUAUUUGUUUGGUAGUUUUACAGGGUGUUUUUUCUUUUUUUUUUUCUGUAACAAUCUCUUGACAAACAAUAGUUUUACCGUCAUGGGCCUGCUAGACGUCUUUUUACCUCCACCGAAAUCCAAUAUUACCAACUUUUACACUUUUUUUUUGUGCAGAUUUAAAUCAUUUGUGAAUAGUGCCCCAAAAAGGGGCACAAAGACGCAGAUUUUCUUUCACUUAGUUCUCUGCUUCUUAUCAUGCUAGGCUAAGCUAAUCAGCUGCUAGCCUCAGGUUCACAUUUUGCAAGCAAACAUGAGAACAAAAAAAAAAAAGUUCGGGUUUAUAUUCAAGGUUAAAUAUUCUAGUUUGUUCAGGGAUUUAUGAAUCGCUAGAGUCGCAGAUGGAGCAACCUUUUGUUGUUCCAGGAACAGCGUCUCUUUCUUCCUAUAAAACCACAAUUUUAAGUCUCUUGGUUGUGUGUGGAAGGUAAAAUGUGUCGAUUAGCGAACCUACGAACGUCUACCUAUGUGGAACAACAACUCGAAAAGUUGUUAAUGUCUUAUACGCAGAAACAGAGAGGACAUAAGACACCUGAAGAAGCUGCUUGGAUGAGACGCAAAAUGUCUUAACCUACUGAGACCUUGCGUCCUCAUAUGGGGACAUUAGGUUUUAGGUUUGUCGUAGCUUCUUCUGCUUCAUUUAGACCCAUUGUCCUCAUAAGUGUACCUCUUUAUCUGCCAUCUAGUGGUAGCAAAGGGUCAAAACACUAGUUGGUGUAAAAUAAAAAAAAUGCAUGAUAGCGGCCAUUUCAGCGCAAUCUUUAUUUUAUUUUUAUGGUUGAAACGUGUCUAUUUGUGCUUAUUUACUUCUCUAGUUUGAUACGACACACAAAUUUAAUUAAUUCUACCUGUAGUAACAAGCUACAGCGUCGCUAAUUAGCAAGUACCCGUUUGAGGACAUUGGGAUUAAACGUCCUGCUCAAAGAUGAUGGUCAGGUUUUAUAAUUCUUUGGUUCUUGGAGAAAUUAACAACACAUAACAAAUAAGAGUUUGUGUCUCAGGAGGUUAAGGAAACUCAUUUCAGCUUUUUUGAAUAAAACACCCAAACAUGUGGUGACGUUUCAAGUUGAACACACCACAAAGUGUACUGGAUUAAUUUUGUGCAUCUGUAAAAGAAAGUAUCUCUUUUAUCUCUUUAUACCAGCAUGUGGCAGUAGUCUGUAGCCACCAUUUAAAAGGGGAAACAGGAAGCGCUAUUAUUAGCUUAGGAGGCUAGGAAGCUAGACCUCUUCUGAACCACGCAGAUAACUUGGUGUAUUUUUUUCUAGAUGGUCAUGUCGUUGUGGAAAUAUUUAGUUAAAUUACAGAUAUGUCCAGAGAGGCACGAUAGAUCUUAUGUAGAGGCAUUAAUAAAGCUUUAAAAGCAUAUAAACACACUCAAUUUUAAGAAAAGUUCCAACUAAGGAGCACAUGAAUGCACCAUUGACACAAAGAUAUGAGAGUGAAAGCAAAUACAUUCAUCCAGUCUCCUUAACGUCCUCUCCCAAAUAUUUGGUCCUCAUUUCUCCCCGCUCUGCUCUUUUUUUUUCCACCCUCUGAGAAUUCACACAACUCACUGAUUAAUCAAACAAAAAGAAAACAAAAAAAACCCCAACACAACAGCUCCUCAGAGAUGAAGCGCACAGAGCCGUCCAAGUCACAUAUGGAUCAAACAGUAGAUGCAAGCUAUUUUAGUAGGCAGUGGCAGAUGGGAGGAGGGUUACCAUGUUGGUACAAAGGAUAAUAAGCUGGUUGUCAAUCACAGACAAUUACGCCACAAAGGACGGACUCUGUGUGAUUGACGGAGAAGGGAAAAUCCACCCCCAGCUCGUGUCUGGGCCCAUUUUAGUGGUUUAUAUUUGUGUGGGCGGCACAGUGCGACGUCACGUUCGGUUUAUUUCCAGCAGCUCAUUUUACCGACCUAUGGACCAACCUCAGACGACCAGAAAACAACACUGAGGCUCAUGAUUAUUUAUUAUAAUUCAUUCAUCUGCUAAAUAUUACCCCCGAUUAAGUCUUUAAAGUGCAACUUACUGCGUAUAAUAUAUCCAGGUGGCAUAUUCAGAUGGCUGGCGAAUAAACGUUUACUGAAUGUGCGACAAACGACAAAGAUCAAUUACUUUAUCAUUAUUUUAGAUUAAUUUCUAAUUAAUCUAUGCACAACUUUCACAUUUUCUCAUUUUUACCAACCUACAGCCAACAGCUCUGGAUUGUAGAAAGGCAUUCUGGGAAGUGUAGGAAAUCCUGAUGCAUCAAUACAUAAAUGAGUCACGUGGGCACUAGAAAAUGUACUGCAAGGUUUUUAUUUCACUUCUGAAACAGAUGAAACACUACGUAUUGUUUGUGGAUGUAUUUUUCUUUUAAUAUGUUUCUUUUUUUUGUAAUUUAUUUUUGCCUCUUGUGAAUAAAAACUGCUUAAAAAUUGCUUAGCACAUACUAUUUUGCUUGGAUCGGGCGUCCAAAAUACGUCAUCGAUGCUGUGAAGGACAUAACCAGAUGAAUACUAUCAUAAUACUGUAAAAAAAAAAAAAAAAAAAAAAAAAAAAGAUUCUUCCCAAACCCAGAGAAUAAAAACCUACGAAUAUUUUAUGCAAGUACUGUAAAUGGAUUACACCAAGUUGCACUAGAAUAAAACCAGUUUGCGAUUUAUUGACUUUUUUAUUUAUUGUCGGAAAAUAAACAUUUUUAAAGAAGACGUGGUAAAUAAGCACUUCAACUCUCAAAAGACAACUUGAAAAUUAUCGAACUUGCCAAGGGUCGUGUGUACAGUCGAGUCACAUGUCAUGAAUACUAACAACAUUGUACAGUUUUAUCCAGUUGUAGUGAAGAUCACCCUUAGAAAACAUUGAAAAACCAUGUAUAUUUUACUCAAUAAAUGUAUUUUUUUCCA